GCUGGACGCAGAGAAGGCUCUCGUCUUAUUUUGGUAAUUCUUAAUAAGUACAUAUUCUAUAAAAAAUAGGAGGAAAAAUUAGUCGCCGAGUAAAUCCCUUACAAGUAAAUCGGGUGCAGUGCAAAGUUUACAUGAGGUGGAAGCACUGUGAGGUGCAAGGUGAUAGGACUUUAUGCAAUCUAACGAAACUACUGAACAAACUUCAGAAAGACCACAGAAAUGACAUCUAUCUCUACACCUCUGGGCACUUGAAUUCCAAUAAGCUCUACAGGCCACCUGAGACAAUCCUAUAUCACUGGCCCCAUGCCAAUAGACCAAAGGGGGAAAAAAUCUUCAAAAUAGAAAAGCCAUCUGAUAAGAAGAUUGCAAAGAUGAAAGAUGCUUUGGCUUAUUUUACCAUCAAUACAGCUCUGAGUCCAAAAGAUGCCCAGACCACACCACUAUUCAGGUAUUUGGACCCUCUGGAGCAUAUUUCCCACACUUCAGAAGAGGACUUCUUUCCAAGGAAGGCUCCAGGAAGAGAGGCUUCUCCAGAACUGCGGAGGAGAGAAGAGCUGAGACUGCCAGAGAUGAAGGUUCUCAAGUACAGACCAGUGGAGUCCAGCCGUCAGUGUGCGAUGUCUCCCCGACCCAAGGAUGAGUACCGGUACAUCAGCUCCUACUUAGCUGGCAUAACGAAGGCAGACAAGUAUAAGAAGUUCUUGUGUUUCCAAAAAGAAGUUCUUGCAAAGCAGGAUCUCAUGAAGCAUGAUUUCACUGGGAGCAAGGCAGCAAUAUGCCAUGAAAAGAAGUUGAAACAGGAGCUCCAGAAAGUGUGCGUGUGCGACCCUCAGCAGUUCAACAGACUGCACGUCUUCAGAGAAGUCUUUGAAGAUAUUUGUAAUAGUUCUUUGAUAUUUGGUGAUAUCUUGAAAGAAGUUAAGGAUGAAUAUGAACUCUACAUGGCAAUACUUCUGCAGUCCCCCUCCCCAUCGCAGUGUAAGACUCUCCUGGCUAAUGCCAAGGGACUGGAGAAGAGAUCCGUGAAGACCGCAGAUGUCAACCAGGCCAAGGAGGAGCUGAGGGCAAUGGUGAUGGCCACCAAAGCAGCCCUGGAGCAUAAUGACAAACUCAGAAGUGAACUAGAGAUGGAAAACACAUUGCUGCAAUCUGCUAAGGAAAAGUCAGAAUUAUCUAAGAAAGAUGUAAUGAAUGAGGAUCACCUUACUCUUACUGAGAAGGUUGAAAAGAAGAGGUGUGAAAUACUUAAUAAAUGGGACGAAAUUCAAGCUCUUGAAAGAGAAAUUAAAACAACUUUGAUUCAUACUGGAAUUUUGCAUAUUACUGAAAAUAGGAUUAAAAGCAUAGAGACUGAAGCUAUAAAAUUGGAAACAGCAAAUAGAAUUUUAAAGAAGAAAAUGCAUGUUAUUGAAAACCAGGUGAAGCAGACCAUGGAGAAUAAUAAGAUGAGUGAGGAAGAGCAGCGGAACCUUUGGGAUUUUAUUAAAGAAUUUGUAAACUUAAAGGAAACAGACCAUAACUCAAGUGAUUGGAAAAUGACCUAUGAAAAUUCACAGCCACCAUGUGCAUAACACGAAUGUUUGCAGAUGUAUAAAUUAAUGAAGAUACAUCUCAUUUUGUCAGUUUUAAUCUCUAAUAAAGUUAAUGUAGUAUAUAUAUCCUACUCAAGAUAUUGGAAUAAAUACAUGUAUGCAUGUGAUUGGUUUUACUUUUGUAUACAUAUUCAUAACAAUAGUAGUUCUUAGGGUAUUUUCUGCUUUCCUUCCAUAAUUUUCUCCAAGGAAAAAUACUUUCAAUUAUUUGAUAGGAAUAAGAAAUUCAGCACUGCUACAAUACAGAUCAAAUAUGUUUCUUAUUUGCAAUGCAGGUUUAUAUAUAAACAUUUAAUAAAAUGUAGUAAUCAUAGAAUUAACAUUCACAUAACUAAAUAAUCUUUACUGAUUGUAAGUGAUGCAGUGUUCUGAAACGUUAUAGCUCUGGCCUCGUGCUUUGCAACACAUGUGUCUUGACAGAUUGUGAUCUUCAUGACAACAUUGUGACUUGGAUUUUUUAAUGCCCACUUUGCCUAUAAUCUGGUCUGAGCACUUAGAGUAAAUACAAGUCCAAUUUCUUUGGACAUCCAUAUACGGGGCUAUGGUAAGGAUCAAAGGUAAGGGUGAAGUACACGAGGGAUUUGAUCCUAACCUGGGAGAGUACAGUUUGAGGUCAGGGAGAGAGAGAGAGACAGAGAGAUGAGCAGGGUUUGCUUCCUAUGGACUAGGGGGCCAAUGUCAGGGUGGUGUGUUCAUCACAGCUCUGUUUAAAUUCAGUAGCUCUUCCUGGGGAAUGAUUCAUUCUGCUUUUAGAGAUAAAAUGGUUGCAGCUGAAACUGCAAAUGUUCAUAUAUAGAAAUAAAUUGGGCUUUAUUAAUGUUUGUUGAAUUCUCUAUGUUCAAGUUGCCUUCUCUUGGUUAUUUAUGUUCACUAGAAUCUUAUUAAGUAGGCACCAUUAUUUCCCAUUAUAUGGGGGAGAGAAUGAAAAUGUGAAGGGGUGAAUUGAUUUGUUUAAACUACACUGUGAAAAAUAGAGCAGGAAUCCAAUCCCAGAUUUGGUUUGCUCAAUUCCUAAACUUUUACCACUGCAUUAUGCUGUGUCAUUUAUAUAUAUCACUGGUCAAGAUAUAGGGAAACACAUUUAUACAUCGUCAGUGACAUAAAGACCAUUAGAAGUAAGAAGAAACCAACCAACAAUCAAAGCUGAAUUUACUCGCUUGCCAAGCAAGGGACAGCCAUUCACUCAAGAGGCAAGAUUCAGGGCUGAUCCAAUUAGAAAGUAGAGGAGGCUGAUAUAGAGGCAGAAGGGUGUGCUGUUUUGUUUAAGAGGACUUUAGACAUUAAAGACUGAGUGGAUUUGCUGGAGAGGGCCUGGGGGCUGGAAGGUCCUUUUGUUGUUUGGUCUUUAUUCUGGCUGUCACAAAAGCACUGUUUUUGAAGAGAUAUGACAUCAGUUGUAAUCAAACCUUGUCAAGAUCAAACUCUUGUAGCAGGCGCUUUGUUAUAUGAAUUCUUUGGACUGAUAAAUUUUUCAUUUAAAAGCAAUAUAAGUAAUCCUACCAGUCAUUCAUGUAUUCAACAUUCAUUAGAUCCACAUUCAGGUACAUUUCAGACAGUCACUAGUUGCUAGAAGUAUGGAAUGGAGACAUGGCCCCAGUCCUCAAGGAGUUGAUAGCUUGUUGUACAGGCUUGUGAAAAGAAUACCAACAACAAAAAAGAAAGUCUGAUAAAACUAAAGGCAUACAAGGAUAUGGGUAGGCACACUCUUACCCACUGCCAGAGCAAGUGUAAAUUGGCACAAACCGUUUGGGAUGUAACUUGACAACAAGCUCACCAAAUACCUGUGCGUUCCCAGAAUCUUGCCGCCCUGCUGGCCAUGAGGGCCAUGGAACUUGUUUGAGCCAGUGCGGGAUGGUUGUGAUAACAUAUGACAAGAAGGGUGAACUCUGGAAAGAUCAACUUAUUUGUAAAAAGAAUUAAAAGGGAAUACAGAGAAUCAGAAAUGUGACUUCUCAGUGUGGAAAAAGCUGAUUGAUUUCAGUUUACAGAUUCAAGAGAUGAGAUUUUUAAAAAUCUACAACCAGAUUAUAUGUCUGAAAGUAAAGACUACAUUACAGGUGUGGCCUUUUUACCAAAACCCA